CAAAAUGGUGCUGAGGCCAUAGGAUCUGUGACUGCCAUCCCCCCCCCCCCGCGCUCGGCGGGGGAGCGACUCAUGGAGCAGCUGUAAGUCGUAUUAACAGACUGCAAUUUCUUCACUGCCAAAAUGACAUCAUUUUCCACCUCUGCCCAGUGUUCAACAUCUGACAGUACUUGCAGAAUCUGCCCAGAACGAAUCAAUCAGGUACGACCAAAACUGCCACUUUUGAAGAUUUUGCAGGCAGCAGGUGCACAAGGUGAAAUGUUCACUGUUAAAGAGGUCAUGCACUAUCUAGGCCAGUAUAUAAUGGUGAAGCAGCUUUAUGAUCAGCAGGAGCAGCAUAUGGUAUAUUGUGGUGGUGAUCUUUUGGGAGAACUACUAGGAUGUCAGAGCUUCUCCGUGAAAGAUCCAAGUCCUCUCUAUGAUAUGCUAAGAAAGAAUCUUGUCACUUUAGCCACUGCUACCACAGAUGCUGCUCAGACUCUCGCUCUCGCACAGGAUCACAGUAUGGAUAUUCCAAGUCAAGACCAACUGAAGCAAAGUGCAGAAGAAAGUUCUAGUUCCAGGAAAAGAACCGAAGAAGGUGAUAUUCCCACACUGCCUACCUCACAGCAUAAAUGCAAAAAUUUUAGAGAAGAUGAAGACUUGAUAGAAAAUUUAUCCCAAGAUGAGACAUCUAGGCUGGACCUUGGGUUUGAGGAAUGGGAUGUAGCUGGCCUGCCUUGGUGGUUUUUAGGAAACUUGAGAAACAACUAUACACCCAGAAGUAAUGGCUCAACAGAUUUACAGACAAAUCAGGAUAUAGGUACUGCCAUUGUUUCAGACACUACAGAUGACUUGUGGUUUUUGAAUGAGUCAGUAUCAGAGCAGUUAGGUGUUGGAAUAAAAGUUGAAGCUGCUGAUACUGAACAAACAAGUGAAGAAGUAGGGAAAGUAAGUGACAAAAAGAUGGUUGAAGUGGGAAAAAAUGAUGACCUCGAGGAUUCUAAGUCAUUAAGUGAUGAUACUGACAUAGAAGUUACCUCUGAGGAUGAGUGGCAAUGUACUGAGUGCAAGAAAUUUAACUCUCCAAGCAAGAGGUACUGUUUUCGUUGCUGGGCCUUGAGGAAGGAUUGGUAUUCUGAUUGUUCUAAGUUAACUCAUUCUCUCUCCACAUCUGAUAUCACUGCUAUACCUGAAAAGAAGGAAAAUGAAGGAAUUGAUGUCCCUGAUUGCCGAAGAACCAUUUCAGCUCCAGUUGUUAGACCUAAAGAUGUAUACAUAAAGGAAGAAAACUCCAAACUUUUUGGUCCUCGUAACUCAGUGGAAUUCUUGGAUUUGGCUCACAGUUCUGAAAGUCAAGAGACCAUCUUAAGCACGGGAGAGCAAUCAGAUCACCUUUCUGAACAGAGAACAGAUACAGAAAACACGGAGGAUUGCCAGAAUCUCUUGAAGCCAUGUAGCAUAUGUGAGAAAAGACCGAGAGAUGGGAACAUUAUUCAUGGGAGGACAGGCCAUCUUGUCGCUUGUUUUCACUGUGCCAGAAGACUAAAGAAGGCUGGGGCUUCAUGCCCUAUUUGCAAGAAAGAGAUUCAGUUGGUUAUUAAGGUUUUUAUAGCAUAGUUAAAUGAAUGAAUUGCAGAGAAAUAUUAAAAGGGCCAGGCCAUAUAUCAAAACAUCAGUAUUGAGCAUCUCUACUCAGUAUGACCCACACUGCGUGUGUUCAUUUAUUUAUGUAAAUGUUUGUGUUCUGGGACAUUUUUGCUUCUAAACUUAUAUGGAAUUUGAAAGCAAGUUCUUUAGAACUAGAUGAUCAAUUUGGGGACUCCAUUAUGAAAAGUCUACGUCAUUCUCCCUCUAGAGAUGAGGGACUGGGAGGGAACAACUGCCAGUACAAACAUAAAGAUGCAUUCAUUCAUUCACUUACCAAAUUAUUUGAAGAUUAAUCCUUUCUUUAGUUAAAUUUAUUCCCUGCCCUACUGUUAGGGAAUGUUCUUAGACAUCAAAAUCCAGGGUAGCUAUUAGAAAAAUAUUAGAACUAACAAGAAAAAAUAUCUGAUUAGUAAAAUUUUGAAGUGCCGUACAUCACUUUAUGUUGCAGUCAGGCUGCAUGGUUCAGAGAAACCAAAAGAAAAAGUACUGAAAAACAAGAUUUCUUCCAUGUAUGCCUAGUACAAUGGUUAUCAAGUAUUUUUGCUAACAUACCCAUAAAAUAAUUUUGAAAAAGCAUAUGUAGCUUUUUGCACAUUUUAGAAACUGAGGUGUAAUUAACACAUAAUAAAGUAUUCCCUUCUGAUGAGUUGUAGAAUCUGAGUAACCAAACAAAACAAGCCACUGCACAAUAUGCCCUCAUGCCCCUUUUCAGGCAGUCCUUCAACCAUUUCUUGGCUCAUCCUAGGUUUUCCUUUCGCACAUCUUUAAUUUGACAUCUAAAUUUUUAAAAUUUAAGUACUUACAAAGGAUAUGCCGUCCAAUAUAUUGUAUAUUACAUAUGUGCUUUAAAGAUAUUUUUAUUGAAAACUUGGAGCUUUAGAUUUAGCCGAUUAAAUUUAUAGAAAAGGUCCUGUCAUAAACUGGCAAAGCCUGUUUUUUUCCUUGCAUGUUAUUUCCAGCACCUGUCCUCAUUUUAAAAUUAAUCAGCCAAAUCAGAUUUAACUUUCAGUCAGAAAAUGUCUGACUUAGUUUUAAUUGAAAUAAAUGCAUUAAGAUAUGUCUCUGGUGCAACCUUCUCAAUUAUCAGUUCUAAAAUAAAUAGAAAAGGCAUGGAAUUUUUAACCACAGCUUUCUGCUUAGCUCUCUCAGUCCUCAGUUGUCUCUUGGUCCUUUUGGUUCCUCUAGAGUAGUUUACACCCUGAGGCAGUGCCCUGUAGUAAGAUUCUGGAUGGGUGAGAGGCAGCCUUUCUUUUGAGAAUAGAGAGUACGGCAUUUGUGAAAAUGGAAGUAAUUAAAGAGAAGUGGUAGAUCUAAGGAGGCCUUAUUAGAGCAUAUCAGCUUUAGAAAAAUAUAUAUAGAAAUUGAAGAUCUUUAAGUUGAUUUCCUUAUGGCUAUCCAUGUUUGCUUCCCUAGAAUUGUCAACCUAAGGAUCAUAAGAAUCACCUGGGUUGCCUGUUAAAAAUGCCCAAACCCCCAGAGACUGAUCCCUGAAGUCUGGGUCAGAGAUCUGCAUUUGAACAAGUGUUCCUGGAAACUCUAAUGCAAUUUUCUGCAGACCAGGUUUUCUCUGGAAGCGCUGUGCUAGAAAGAAGGGUUUUUCCUUACUCUUUUUCUAGGUACCAAACAGAAAGACAACAAGAUCCCUUUAUAACUAUAUUUAGUUUCUAGAGGGGAAGGUUGUCAAAAUCACAGAUUUUAAAAACUCAAAUGCACUCAUACUCAACAUGUACUCAACCUCUCUUAUUUUGCAUGUGAGGCUAAAUGACACAGCUAGUGUUAGAGUUAUUACUAGAAUUCAAGUCUCUUGACUAGUAAAUCUUUAAACAAUAUGUUACCUUCUCAUUAUUUGUUAAAUAUUUUAAAUGGUGCUUAUUGAAUUUGAGACAACUAAUAACCUUAAAAUGCAGAUCUUCUAAUAAAUGGUUUUAGAGAAUAUGAUUUGCAGCCAAAAUAGGACUUUAGAGAGAACAGUGACUUUUAACACUUUCCCAAAAGAGAAAGGCCCUGUAAAUGUCACUCCUGUAAAUUUUAAAAUUCAAUCAAAAUUACCUCUGCCACUGAGAGGACAAGUAAAGGUAGCGCAGAGCCCUGAGCCAUUUUCCCCAGUAUUGCUCCCUCCUGGGGAAGGAAGCUCAAGUCUCUGGUUUUCUAGGUAUUAGGGCCGAGUUCUUCUUUAAGCAGUAUCGGUCCUUUGAGUUAAAUGUUUUGUUAGACCAUUGCCGAUGUUCUCAGACUUUAGAAAGUUAAUUUCCUCUUUAUCCCCCCUCCCCAUAAUAGUCUCUUCAUAAUAGUUUGCUAGUGCUCAAUUUUGUUUUAUUUUUAUUUCAUAAGUACUUUUGCAAGUGAUAAACUGGAAGCUGGGAGAAUUGGGGAUCUGCACUUUUACCCUGUGAUCCCCUUCCGUAAAGUUGCAGUUUUUUUUUUUUUCUGCAGUUUUUUAAAUAAGAAUUAAACAUUUUAUUUAUGCAUAGAUAUUUGGUACUCAUUUGGUACAUUGUUGCCCAGCACGGAAUCCUUUUGUGCUCUUCAGCUUUUCUCCUUUUCCUGUUUGCUAACAUGGGUUUUUCACUGCCCCCUAUAGCACUAAGAACUUUGUUUAGAUUAUCCUAAGCUAUAUGUUUAAACCAAACCUCAUCUUUACCUGCAGCAAACUUUAAACUAUCUUGAUCUGGUUUUGAUUUUGUUCUUUUUUCAUUGCCACUGUAGUACAGAUUUUUUUUUUAUUCACUGCCACUAAAGCAAGGCCUAGUUUGUGAAGUCUUGCGCUUACCACUGUAAGGUGGAGAAACUCUUGAUUUCCAAAUACUACCAUUCACCUUUUGUAGUUGUGAGGACCAUAUGCUGGCUACAUACAUACAGCACUACAGUGCUGGCUUGCCCGUUAUUCAGCAUCACAUCUGGUUUGUUUCCAUCUCUCCCCUUUAACUUUUUUUUCUUUUCCCUUUCCCUUUUAAAUGUCUUCCUUUGGACUUUAAAUUAUAUGGUCGCAUUAGUUAUAGGCGCCAUGCUUGAAUUGAAAUUUUGAUUGCAAGGAAGCAUCUGUUAAAGUAGGUGUCAGUGGAGUUGAUUUUUUCUGCUGCAUCAUGACCUGUGAAUAAUGAAAUUGUACCACAUUAGCAUAAAAUUUCUUAUUUUAGUUGUCAUUUUUAUUAAUAUAUGAUCAUAUUAAGUUCAGAGCAGAGAUGACAAAUCAUUAGAAAAACAAUGAAUUUCUAGGUUAUAGCUAAAAAGUUCUCCUGUCUCAAUAUUAACUCUCCUUUCAGUGUACUUUACAGUAAUUGGUAUGCUUUUAUGUUUAAUACUUAAACAAGUCUUUAUAAAAAUCUUAGACCAAGACUUUACCUUUGUAUUAUCAUUUCAUAGGUUUCCAAUCUUAGGCUUGAAAAAUGGAUUGGUGUUCAGCCAGGCUAGCUUCCAAACUGCCACAGACUUGUGUAAUACGAGAUUGAGUCACUGCCAAGCCUUUGAAAUAGGCAGUCAUGUUUUAAUUAUAAUUUAUGUAUAUUUAGAUGUAUGUAAAUACUUUGUGGAGUGUUACUUAGUUUAUAAGAAUUUAUUUUUAAAGGUCAGUCUAGUAACAUUUUUUGUGUAUGCCUAUUCAGUGCAGUGUUGGUGCCUUUGAAAAGUCAUUAAUGACAAAUUGGUGAAUGUUCUUAGGUUCUACAAAGCUACAAAUAUUUUUGUAAUGUUACCUCUUAGUUCUCUUUAGAAAGGAGGAAACUUGUUAACCAGCUACUUAGGUUUUUUUUUUCCCCCACAGAGCUAUGUGAACUUCUGAAAAGUACAUGGUUUUAGAUACUGUGAAUCUGUUGUUUUCCAUUUAGCCGGUUGUCUGCUUAAAUUGUUCAGAUCCAAACCUUAAAAAUUCAAUUUGAUGCUUCUCCUGUUCGUGAGCGUGUAUGUGCACGCACACACUAUCAAGACUGAUGCUACUUUUGCUAAAAAUGGCAGUAGAUGUGGAACUAGCUGUGUUUAGAAUCUGCACUUCAAAGAUAAAGGAACCUGCAAGCACCGUUAUGCCGAAAGUAAAAUGUACAAUGUUUACAAAUGUCUGGAAUUUUGCACUGUAAUAGGGAAUGUUGAGGUUACUUUGCUGGAAUUUCUCAGAUUUGUGUGUAGCCAGAGUUGCAGUUUAGCAUAUGAGGGGAAAUACUGAGGACCCUGAGGCUAAACUGGAAAUGAGGAGUAUUUGAGAUAGUGGUUGAAGUGGCUCCUCAGACCUAAUUUGGGAGUUUUCCUGAUUGCUUUGAGACGUCCUUUCUGUUGACAGAACUUUCCUUAUUGUCUGCCAUUGCUAUAUUCUUCCUUUAUUAAGGAGCCAGAUCUCUUCUCUCCUGUGGGAGAAUGUCCCGUAGGCAUUUUGAGAUCUUCUGACGUAAUAAAUGUGCAAUCCCAAGUAAUGCCAUUAUUGGUGAAUGUGGCAUUGUUAAAAAAAACUAUUACAGUAAACCUGCACUUGGAUUUACUGUACCUCUAUCAGUAGCCUUUUGAAUGAUUGAAAAUGUUACAGAGAAAGAGGCAUAUCUGCAGAAAGAGGUAGUUAAUAAUUCUUUGUAGCUUAUCUGAAGUCCAAGUGCUGCCUCGUGUGCAGGUUGUUUUCUUUCACGGAGGGUCCUCAUUUCAUAACCUCUGGAAGCUGUAGCAGAGCUAGAAGAACUCCGCAUUUCUUAAGGUGGAGAGGGUCAAGGAUACCUAAAAAGGGCCAAAUAGUGCCAUAAGAGCAAGUCCUCAGAACAGUUGCUAUAAAUUGGCAAAUGCUUAUUGAAAAUUGUAUUACAUUGUAACACUUUGAGAGUUUAUCAGAGCAUCUCAUUUCUUAUCUGGAGGCUUUUUUUUAAAAAUAGUACUUUGGUGUCAGCAGACAUUUCCUCCUCCUCCCUUCCUUACUGUUCCUCUUACAUCCUCUUAGUUCAAAGUAAUUAUCUAUUCCUGGGUAUUGCUUUUAUACCAAAGGCCUUCUCUGACACCCUUUGGAUGGUUGUAACUACAUUAUUUUUAGGUAAGAUUCUGCUUUUCCAUUUAGUCCUGGUGAAUGUUUCUGUUGUGAGUUAGGUGAUGGGUUCUAGCAGUUAGGAAAGGAAGCUCUGAUGUCAGAGCUACUGUUUAAUAAAGUGGCAGCUUGUAGUUGAGGUUUCCUUUGUGUGUUAUGGGAGGAUAGGGGAAUUAGCCUCUCUCUUGACUCAGCACUAAGAAAUUGAGGUCGGCCUUCCUUCUUCUAUAGGAAUAUUCCUUUUCCCUGUCAUUUGCCUCAUUAUUUUUCACUUCAUUUUCAAUAAGAAUUAAAAUGUCUGCCUUGAUUUUUUUUUUUUCCUUCUCCCUUUUAAAACCAAUCAAAAAUGUUUUAAAGGUGGAAUGAAAUGUCGGCCUCCUCUGCACUUGGCAUGGUAGGAGUCAUAAGCAGCCUCUGAAUAGGACUCUCCUUAGUCUAUAGCUACAUGCUAUUAAGUGCCUCUUGGAUAGAAGCAAUAUGAUUAUUCCACUGUUUUGUGUCCCAGUCUUGAUCUUUUUAAGCCUCAGUUUUUCUCAUCUGUAAAAUGAGUAUACAAACCUGCCCUUUCUACCUCAUAGUUGGUUGUGGGGAUUAAAUGUGCGGGAGCAACUUUACAACCUGUAAUUGCCUUGAAAAGAUAGAAGCAGUUAUUAUGCCUGGGGUAUAUAUUCAGAAUACUUCAUGUGCUGGAAGCUGAGCACAAGCUCUCCUUUAUGCCUGCCUAGCAGAGCCUAUGGUGCAUACUACAAGCCCUUUUACCCACGCUUCUAGCUCAGAUAUCCUUUCUGUGAUAGAGGCUCUUGACUAGAAAAGAGUUCUGUCUCUGGGUGUUCUGAGAGAAGCUAUAAAUUUGGAUAGUAGGUUCUAUCCUGAUAGAACUGCCUUGCUGUGGUCUUGAUGUACAAAAAUUCCUUUUCUAUGUACACAUGAGUAGGUGGCAUAAAAUGCACUGCCAGUAUACAGAAAACAUGCAGUUUUCCAAAUAUUUUUGAUCAGGUAGUUACUGUCAACAGGGCUAGCAAAUGGCAAUUUAAAAUAACUUUUUGAAUAGUGGCCAGCUUGCUCACUAAAUGAGGAAAGAGGGAGGGAGACAUUUUCAUGCAUUCUUGCCUAGUUUUUAAAAUAAGCACCGCUAAGUUAAUAGUUCUGUAUCAUUUGGGUAUUUGCACUAUUUAAUGCUUUUAAUACCUUUUGACUUUAUUGUGCUUUUUUGUGUAUUAAAUAUUUUUCAUUUUGC